CUCCCCCAAUGGUUAUCUCACUUCAUGUUUUGUAGAUCAUCUUCACUCCAGAAUGUCAGUGUUCCUCUAUCUGUUUUUCUUGGUAUUUGGGCUUCAGGCUACAAUCCAUUGUGCACAAUAUAACAGCUCUGAAGGCAAAGUAAUGACCUGUCAUUUGCCCCAACAAAAUGCCACUCUCUAUAAGAUGUCAUCUACCAAUGCUGACUUUGCGUUCAGGCUGUAUCGUAGGUUCUCUGUGGAGAACCCAGAUUGGAACAUCUUUUUUUCCCCUGUGAGCAUAUCUGCUGCUUUAGCUAUGCUUUCUUUUGUAUCUGGCUCUAGCACCCAAACUCAGAUUCUGGAGGUUUUGGGGUUUAAUCUCACAGAUACUCCAAUGACAGAAUUUCAUCAGGGCUUCCAGCAUUUGAUCUGUUCAUUGAAUUUCCCAAAGAAUGAACUGGAAUUGCAAAUGGGAAAUGCAGUUUUCAUUGGGCAGCAGCUGAAACCACUGGCAAAGUUUUUGGAUAAUGUCAAGACCCUCUAUGAAACUGAAGUCUUUCCUACCGACUUCUCCAAUGUUUCUGCAGUCCAGCAGGAGAUCAACAGUUAUGUGGAGAAGCAAAGCAAGGGGAAAAUUAUAGGCUUAAUUCAAGACCUUAGACUGAACAUUAUCAUGAUUCUGGUGAACUAUAUUCAUUUCAAAGCCCAGUGGGCAAAUCCUUUUCGUGUAUCUAAAACAGAAGCGAGUUCCAACUUCUCAGUGGACAAAACCACCACAGUACAAGUGCCCAUGAUGCACCAGCUAGAAGAAUACUAUCAUUUUGUGGAUGUAGAGCUGAAUUGCACAGUACUUCAAAUGGACUAUAGUGAGAAUGCUCUGGCACUUUUUGUCCUUCCAAAGGAGGGACAUGUGGAGUGGGUGGAGGCAGCCAUGUCAGCUAAGACACUGAAGAAGUGGAACCACUUACUGCAAAAAGGAUGGGUUGAGUUGUUUGUUCCAAAGUUUUCCAUUUCUGCCACAUAUGACCUUGGAAGUACACUUCAGAAGAUGGGCAUGAGGGAUGCCUUUGCUGAAGGUGCUGACUUUCCUGGAAUCACGGAAGACAAUGGUCUAAAACUUUCCUAUGCUUUCCACAAGGCUGUGCUGCACAUUGGAGAAGAGGGAACCAAAGAAGGAAUUGUUCCUGAAGCUGUGUCUCUGGAUCAGGCAGAAGUAGCUCCUCUUUACCCUAUUAUCCGAUUUGAUAGAACAUUCUUACUUAUGAUUUUGGAGAAAAGGACCAGAAGCAUUCUCUUUUUAGGGAAGGUUGUUAACCCAGCAAAAGAGUAAUUGGGGAAGAGGCCAUUGAGUGCGUACAUAUUAUAAUGGGAAAUAAACAUUUAACAUAGCUUGAUGUACUUGCUGUGGGCUUAGGCUUUAUGUCUUUUGUGCAAGGCAUAAAGGUGGAUUUCUUCUGGACUACAUUGGCUGUGGAAGUGGCUAAUCCUGUGACCAAACACAUAGAUAGUCAAUGAACGAUUGUUAUUUUAGACUAGAGGAAGCAUCAGUGUUAGUAAGUCAUUGUAAAGCUACUCAUCAAUUAGCUAAAUCUAGAAAAUUUGACUGGGAUUACAAAUGCCUUUGGAUAUAUCAUCUGGACAAUAGCUGUAAUACAGGUCAAGUCUUCAUAUUACAGUAUUCCAACAGCAUGAUCAAUGAACAUGCAAAUGCUUUGGCUUGUAUAUGAGUUUCACAAUAAUGUCUGCUCUUUCUACCUAUUCAAAAUGAGUCUGUGAUUAUAGCUACUGCUAGUGCUAAAAAAGCUUCUUUCACUACACUGUCUAGCCAAAGAUUGAAUGCUUUUAUCUAGGGAUGUAGUGUUUGUUACCUAACAUGCUUUCAACAAAAGAAUGGAGAAAAAUGAAUUUCCUCAUGCAAGCCACAUGCUCACUAGCAGGUCUCCUUGUUUUUAAUUCAUAAAGUAUUCAUGGAGGGACAAUUAAUUUGCGCUGUAUACUCUAUUCAUUAUUUUUUUUUUAGAUUCUUUCCAAAUAUUGAAAAUCUGCCCCACUUGAUCUCAUGGAAAUUUCCUGCUUAACCUAUCUUUUUGUCUGUAUUCCUCAAUAAAAUACAUUUGUGUCCCUAAAA